UUUAAAUUAAAAUGGUGUAAACAUUUAAAACUGCUCUCGCUUAUUUGGCUUCCUUGCUCCACCUCUUCUUUUUUUCCCCUUCGCCCCUUUCAUCGGUUACGUGAAUUCUGCACUCAAGUAUGCCGAGUUCGUCCAAUGGAAUUCUAGGGUUUCAAUGAUCAGCAUUGCCAUUUCCCCCCUCAUUUAUCCAUUCUUUUGCAUUUUCAAACUGAAUUUCCCCGAAUUUGCUCUACAUUUCGCUCAAUUCUCAUCGUUUACCCACCGAAUCCGCUCUAUCGAAAUUCUAACUGAUCGCCGAAGGUGAGGUCUGAUUCUCAAAGCUUGAUGGUAUGUCCUCUUGGAAGUGGGAGAAUGAAAGCCUUGGCAAGGCUUCUUGUAGCUGGAAAUAUCCAACAGGCAGCUUCAGAUGAAGCAGGCCGCCUUAAAUUUGCUGCUCAGUACAUUCAAAGAGAAUUGAGAGAGGCAGAUGAAGUAAAUUUGAUUGAUGAAGAAGAUAUGCACGUUUUUGGUUUGAGGCCACUUACUGAUCCUUUGCAUUUGGUAUGCUGCAAUGCUUGUAAGAAGCCAAUAAAGGCCAGCCAAUACGUUGCCCACGCAGAGCUUUGUAAGUCAUUAUACUCCACAGAAGAUAUUGUUUUGGAGGUCAAUGGUGGUGCAGCACACAAGAAACGUCCAAGGAAAGAGAGAAAAAAGUCACUAACUGCAUCUUCUAACCAACCUAGAUCAGUCAGAAAGCAAGCCAAACUUGAAUUGUUAGAAAAUGAUUUUGCUGCAUUGCCAUGCUGUUCAGAGGAGCAUCUUUCAACUGUUUCCUUUCCUGAAGAUAAAAGAAUUUCAUCACACUUAAACGUGACCACCGUGAGAAGUUGUUCCAUGGUUAGUCCUGGACUUGUAGAUUGCUCAGAAGGUGCAAUCUCACACCAGGAAAAACAUUCCAAGAUUUUUGGUGCAGCAAAUACUUUUACUAAGAGUUGGUCGGCAAAUUCGGGAGAGGGUAUUCCCUUUUCAGGUGAAGAGCAUCAAGAAAGGUCAAGUGCAGGCAGUGACAAUACUGGCAGUCCUGCUAUCGCAGUUAAAAUUCCCACUCAAGUCCAAAAAUUUCGUUCGAGGGCUGAAGAUGUUCCACAUCCACUUGCAACUAAGAUGUAUUAUUCUCAAAGACAACAUCGUCUCAAAUCAGCUCUCAGCUAUCUGUAUCAUGAGGGAUCAUGUAAUGACAGUGGCAGCGAGUUUGCCUGUCCAAAAGUAUUAAAAAAUAAUGUUAUGCCAGCUGACAUAUUGUAUCAUAGCAAUAACUCCCAUAUACAAAUUGAUUACCAGCAGGAGAAGGCACAUGAUCAUGCCCUUCCGCUGGUCCAAAAGCCUAAUGUACUUCAAAUGGUUGAUUCUGGAGGAUAUCCGCCACCUAUGAACAUCGCAUCCCAGUUUCCUGUGAUUAAUGUACUAACAAUCACCUCCAUUGCCGUGACGAACAGCAACUAUAAUUCGAAUUCUAAUUCAUUUGCAGGCCACUCAGGCAAGUAGCUACAACCUAUGCAGCAGGCUGAGGGAAAUUGCGCAGUUGUACAGAAUUACUGAGGGAACUUUGUAAGGUAGGAUACAUCCACUGACUAACUGUGCUAAAUGGUAGGACUAUUCCAUCCUAAGCUUCUCCACUAGAUUCGAGAGUUGACUCCCUUAUGGAAGACAGUACAGUAAUUCUUCCUUUGAUUUAGAAUCUGGUACAUGAAGGUUCCUUCCUUCUCUGACUCACAAAGCUAACUGCCAAUUGUACAUAAUCUUCCAUACACAACAUCCUUGAGAAUGCAGACCCUAACCGCUAAUGAUAAUCACUUUUGUUAAUGUCCAUAGUCUUGGAAAAUCC